CUUCAACAUGUUCAAAUACACCAUCGUUAUACUCGCUAUCAUCGCCUACGCUGCUGCCAAGCCAGGUCUUCUCCUUGGUCAACAGUUGGCCUAUACUGCGCCCUUGGCCUAUACUGCGCCCGCUGCAGUUGUUGCUGCUCCUGCUCCGUUUGUGACUGCCACCAGUAGCCAGGUGAUUGCCCGUAACUACAAUGGCAUCGCCCAUGCUCCAGUGAUCGCUCCAGUUGCUGCUCCCGUGAUUGCCAAGUAUGCGGCGGCUCCAUUGGCGGCUCCAGUUGCUGCUCCUGUCAUUGCGAAUUAUGCUGCUUCUCCCUUGGCCUAUAGCUCUCCUUUGACGUACAGCACCUCCCUGAGAUAUGCUGCUGCGCCAGCACCACUUUUGAUUUGAUCGAUUUGAUUUGAUUGUUAUUAAACUAUUAUGUGACGAACAAUGUUAA